AUGAUUGAAGAUAAUAAAGAGAAUGAAAACCAUGCAUCUGAAAGAGGAAGAACAGCCAUAAUUUUUUCCUUGAAGAAUGAAGUUGGAGGACUUGUAAAAGCAUUAAAACUCUUUCAGGAGAAGCAUGUAAAUCUGGUACACAUUGAGUCACGGAAGUCCAAGAGGCGAAAUUCUGAGUUUGAGAUCUUUGUGGACUGUGACAGCAAUGGGGAACAACUGAAUGAGAUUUUCCAGCUCCUGAAAUCCCACGUCAAUGUUGUCUCUAUGAACCCGACAGAGCAUUUCAGUGUCCAGGAAGACGGUAAGUACGACAUGGAGAAUGUUCCCUGGUUUCCAAAGAAGAUCUCAGAUUUGGAUAAGUGUGCCAACAGAGUGCUGAUGUAUGGGUCCGAUUUGGAUGCCGACCAUCCAGGUUUCAAAGACAAUGUCUAUCGCAAGAGGCGAAAGUAUUUUGCAGACCUGGCUAUGAACUACAAACAUGGUGACCCAAUCCCCAAGAUUGAAUUCACUGAGGAGGAGAUCAAGACUUGGGGGACUGUGUACCGAGAGCUUAACAAGCUUUAUCCAAGUCAUGCCUGCAGAGAGUACCUUAAAAACUUGCCCUUGCUCACCAAAUACUGUGGGUACAGGGAAGACAAUAUCCCCCAGCUGGAAGAUGUGUCACGCUUCCUGAAAGAGCGCACAGGUUUCACCAUUCGCCCCGUUGCUGGAUAUCUGUCGCCCAGAGAUUUCUUGGCAGGAUUAGCAUUCAGAGUUUUUCACUGCACUCAAUACGUUAGACACAGCUCGGACCCUCUCUAUACACCAGAGCCCGAUACCUGCCAUGAGCUCCUAGGCCACGUCCCUCUUUUGGCUGAACCCAGUUUUGCUCAGUUCUCCCAGGAAAUUGGUCUUGCAUCACUUGGGGCAUCAGAUGAGGCUGUCCAAAAACUGGCAACAUGCUACUUCUUCACUGUAGAGUUUGGCUUGUGCAAGCAAGAGGGACAGCUGCGCGUUUAUGGGGCUGGCUUGCUCUCUUCGAUUAGUGAGCUCAAGCACUCACUCUCUGGCAGUGCCAAAGUCAAGCCUUUUGAUCCAAGGGUCACCUGCAAGCAAGAAUGCCUCAUUACAACUUUCCAGGAGGUUUACUUUGUUUCUGAAAGUUUUGAAGAAGCAAAGGAGAAGAUGAGAGAGUUUGCAAAAACCAUCAAGCGCCCGUUUGGCAUGAAGUACAAUCCAUAUACUCAAAGCGUGCAGAUCCUGAAAGACACAAAGAGCAUUGCCAGCGUGGUGAAUGAGCUACGUCAUGAGCUGGACAUUGUCAGUGACGCCCUCAGCAAGAUGGGCAAGCAGCUGGAAGUUUAA